CUGACUGCAGUUCCGCUGGUUGUCCAGCUGAUGGCGAUGCUGCUACUUUCUUUGACCUAGACGACCGAGCGCGCAAAAGAAGAAGAAGAAAAUGCCGUCUGAUUCAACAAUUGAUUUACUGAAAUUUGUGUUGUAAUUAUUAGACUUCGGUGUGUACUUAGUCGGUCUUGGUUUCCAAACUGCGGAGGAUCAAAUGCCUGGCUUUCCCUUCGCAAAUCCGGAGGAGGAAGAGCUGGUCCAGGGUGUGAAGGUUCUCGUUACCGGGGCAACGGGUCUUCUGGGUCGAGCUGUCUGCAAAGAGUUCCAGAACAACGGCUGGAAUGUCAUCGGCACCGGAUACAGACGAGCACAGCCACGCUUCCUGCGCUGUGAUAUGACCGACGAGGACGCCGUCAAAAGGCUGCUGCACGAGCACAAGCCUGAUGUGAUCGUGCACUGUGCUGCAGAGCGGCGUCCGGACGUCAUGGAAAGACACACUGAAGCUGCUGUUCAUCUGAACGUGCACGCCACGGGCACGCUGGCUAAAGAGGCAGCUGUUUGUGGAGCGUUCUUCAUCUACAUCAGCACCGAUUACGUGUUUGACGGCCGGAGUCCUCCAUACGGCGAAGACGACUGUCCGAAUCCGGUGAACUUGUACGGACGCAGUAAGCUGGAGGGGGAGAGGGAGUCGCUGAGGCACUGCCCAGGCGCUGUCAUCCUGCGCGUUCCCGUUCUGUUCGGGGAGGUGGAGUCGGUGGCGGAGAGCGCAGUGACGGCGCUGUGGCUGAAGGUGGAGGAGGCGGCCGAGGACCACUGCAGCGCGCUGGACCACUGCCUGCAGAGGUUCCCCACCGACGCGCGGGACGUCGCCACCGUCUGCAGGAAGCUGGCCGAGAGAGGCAGACAGGAUCCAUCCAUCAGAGGAAUCUUCCAUUUCUCUGGUAAAGAGCAGAUGACCAAGUAUGAGAUGGCCGUUGCCAUGGCGCAGGCCUUCAACCUGCCGUCUAACCACCUCGUACCUCUGACGGAACAGCCGGCGGCGGCAGCAGCUCGUCCAAUCAACAGCCAGCUGAACUGCUCCCGCCUGGAGCUUCUGAACCUGAGCGUGGAGCCGCAGCCGUUCUCCACCGCCAUCGCCGACUGCCUGUGGCCGUUCACCGCCGACAAACGCUGGAGGCAAACCGUCUUCCACUGAAGGUUGAAGGCUAACAGGAGAGAAGUUCAGGGAGCAGAACCGGACUGGGGUUCUGGCCGGGGUUGGGUUCUUGUCUGCAGAAAUUCUGAGCACUCAAACUUGUUUGGGAGACUUGUAUUAAAGCUCCUGAUUAGAAUGAAGGUCCAGAAGCUGUGAAGAACAGAAGCCCUGCAGACAACAUGACCGACACAAACCUUUGGUUUUGUUUUGAAAUAAGGUUGAGUCUGUUCUUCUUUACGUUGAAGUUCCUUCACUUUAAAGUAGGCGAUCAUCUUAAUCCUUCCAUCUCCUCUGAAGAAGAGGAGGACCUUUGGGAUGAACUUAAAGAACUCAACUGAGCUGUAGAAGUAAUCACUGUAAUCACUAUGUCCACUAGAGGGAGCCAAAGCUCUUGUUUGGAGUUUAGUCUGACUGCUAAUUGUGUUUCUGUGGGAGCCUGAAUGCAGCACAUUCGCAGAUUAGAAUUUGCUUUGUUUGUGUUUAGUAUUUUUGUUUAUCUGUUUGGCAACCACCUAGUGGCAGGAAGGGAGAUUUGGAUCAUAACUUCUGAACCAAUAAAGCUUUAAAGCACUGA